UGUAAUUUCAGAGUAAAAUUCGGAACUUUCAGCACUUCGUUUUCAGCUCAUUGUGCUAUGCUUUUAAUUACGUUUGGUGCUGAUUUUGGCUAAUGAUUUUCACUGGAAUCACUAUCCACAGUGUAGACUUUGCUCCCGCGAGAAGCUAAAGAAGCGCUCCUACAUCAAUAAUUCAAGCAUUAACAUGCCAACGUGGCGCGCAGAGAAGGGUGUUGCAGAGGAAGAUACCUUGGAAAUCGAAUACUUUGAGAGUGUUUUGCCUCCUCAGCGCAUGUCUGAGCUUCCACAUGAGGAUUGGGCAUUUCCAUCAUAUGACGGUCACCUACGUCUCUUCGACUAUUCGCAAAAUUCUGCGGACUGCUAGGGAAACCCGAGGCCAAACCUCUAUAGCGGGAGGUGACGACUCUUUUCUAUCGAGGAC